GGUUCUCAUAACGAUGUUUCAUUCAUUUUCAAUGCACUGUAGCCGCAUAAAUUAACCCCCUGAUAUAUUUUGCUAAUUGCAAAUUAAUGGGUUCUUUUGGAGAGGCAAUUGACGUAGAAAUGGAAAUAUUUGAGGCAAAUGAAGAUAACUAUGGAGGAGUUACUGUGAACAUGAAGAAAGAGGAGCCAAUGGAUUCUCUUAAAUUUCAUAGUAUGCUAAGGGCUUCCAUUUCUUAUUGGAGAAUAGAGGGAAAGAAGGGCGUUUGGAUUAAGUUACCUAUAGAACUUGCUCAUCUUGUUGAUGCAGUGGUGAAGGAGGGGUUUUGGUAUCAUCAUGCAGAGGCAACAUAUUUGAUGCUUGUGUAUUGGAUUCCUCAUGAAGUACCUCAUACUUUGCCUGCUAAUGCUUCUCAUCGUGUUGGUAUUGGUGCUUUCGUCCUCAACCAAGAUGGACAGAUGCUGGUGGUUAAAGAAAAAUCUGGAAGAAGCACUGGGACUUGGAAGCUGCCUACUGGCGGCGUUGAUGAGGGCGAGGAUAUAUGUAUGGCAGCCGUUAGAGAAGUGCAAGAAGAGACGGGAAUUGAGACAGAGUUUGUUGAGCUCCUUGCUUUCAGACAAAGCCACAAAUCAUUCUUUGGAAAAUCGGAUUUGUUCUUCAUAUGCAUGCUAAAAUCACUCAGUUUCAGUAUUCACAAGCAAGAUGCUGAAAUUGAGGAAGCUAAGUGGAUGGAAAUAGAAGAAUAUGCAAGUCAGCCAAAGUUGAACCAAAGUGAACUCUCCAAAAUCAUCGCCAAUAUAUGUGUAGCCAAGACUAAGGAGAAGUACACUGGGUUUUCUGCUCUUCUUACAACUACUGGACUGUCUGGCAAGAAGUGCUAUUUAUACUCUAAUAUAUGAAUAGUAAUUAAAAUUCUCUUUAUGCAUAUGUUUGAUAUAAGAAUAUGGUUGUAUGUUUGCAACAAGAUUUUUCCACUCAGGAAGAAUUAAAUUCUAGUAAGACUCUGAUCUGAUCAUAUAUAAUGUUUUGGCAAUAUAUAAGCCAUAUUGAUAUGGGGAAAUAAAAUAAUUAUUUGGAUAUGUUUGAAGUAGAUGAUGUAUAUGUUUUCCACUUUGUUUCCUUGUUUUUUGUUUGGAUAUUCAAUCAAAUAAUAAAGUCACGUUUUUGCAA